AUGGCCUAUUCUGAAUGCUGCGUCAAGGGUUCCCUGUGGGACGGCAAGCCUGCCGGCGAAGAAAAGAUUCUUGCGAACAACAAGACCUAUGUGACUGGAACCAAUCCUAAUGUUGCCAUCAUGAUCAUUCACGACGCUUUUGGCUGGACAUUUCCAAAUACCAGGAUUCUUGCGGACAGUUAUGCGAAGGAGGCUGAUGCCACGGUUUAUAUGCCCGACUUCUUUGGCGGCGAAGUCCUGCCAUCCGACAUCCUCCGCGACACCUCGCAAUGGCACAAACUCGACAUCCCCGGCUUCAUGGGCCGCAACACCAAAGAGAUCCGUGAACCGGAGAUUUUCGCGUGCGCCCGCGCCUUGCGGUCUCAGUAUAAGCGCGUCGGCGUGAUUGGCUUUUGUUUCGGAGGGUGGGCGGUGUUCCGGCUCGGUGCUAAAGACAAAGAGGGCUUGGUCGAUUGUAUUUCGACCGCGCACCCGUCGCUGCUUGAGAAGGGUGAGAUCGAUGCCGUCGGUGUGCCCGUGCAAAUUCUGGCGCCCGAGAACGAUGUCAUGUUCACGCCGGACAUGAAGGAGUAUGCGAACAAAGUGAUCCCGACAUUGGGUGUGCCGUACGAUUAUCAGUACCUUCCGGGCGUGGAGCAUGGGUUUGCCACGAGGGGGGACGAGAAGGAUGUCAUGGAGUAUAAGGCUAUGAACCGCGCGAGGGAGGCGGCGAUUAGUUGGUUCAAGGUCUGGCUACAUUUGGAUUGA